UCUCAUGGACUAUAGUCCUUGCUGUCUCGCUGCCGCUGCCAUUAUCCCUGACGCUCUCCUCUGACUAUUUUUGGAUUGCCCCGGCACUGGGUCUGUACGAACUCUUGUUUCCUCAGUUAUGGAGUUUUAAGUUCUCGGAAUCCCUGUGGAAGGACUGAGUUACCUAAUUAUUGUUGACUGCUAAGACUGUUUGGGUUCUUUCAUUGGAUGCCGAAGAUCUGAUUUACUUACCUGUGAUUGCCUGUGUUUAUGGAAGUCCAGUUUGCCUGUGAAACUUAACCUGUGAUGAAUUCCGAAGAUCUGAUUUACUUACCUGUGAUUGCUUGUGUUUUAUUAUGGAAGACCAGUUUACCUGUGAAACUUGAGUGUCCUGUACUGGAAAGUAGAUUUUGUGUGAUUCUGCAGACCCGUGCUGAAGAAAUAAAUACUACCUGUGAACGCAUAUCUUCUGUCUCCUGCACUAGUGUUCCUUUAGACUUGUGACCGCAUGACCGAGCUAGGCGUGAGCACUGUGGGGUCAGAAGAUGUUCGAACCAUAGUAAGCAGGAUGGGAGUUGCUUACAGUGAACGAGAGGCGCAUCCAUAAGAUGGGCCAGUCCUUGGAUCAAUUGACUGCAUCUGUUAAGACCCUCUCUCAGGCCAGGACCACCACCCACUCCUACGCCCGUGUCUCAGUCACCUCCAGCCCCAGCACCACAGGUCCCUGCCCAGAUGUACGUCUCCCAUCACCCCAGAGGUUUGAGGGGAAACCCCGAUGCCUGCUGUGAAUUCUUAAUCCAGUGUGCUCUGUCUUUCCAAUUCCAUCCCAAUAGCUUCCCUACCGAAGAGUCUAAGGUGGCAUACAUAACCACACUGCUGAUGGGGGGGAAAAGCGCUCGAAUGGGCCACAGCCGUCUGGGAGAAGGACCUAAACAUCUGUCACGAUGCCACAAGUCCAGGCCGUCUUUGGGUAUCCAACCAGCCAACGGGAGUCAGCCAAACGUCUUCUCCAGUUGAAACGGGGGAAGCGCUCUGUUGCAGAGUACGUCAUUGCAUUUCGAACCUUGGCUACAGAGUCCAGCUGGGAGCGGGAGUGCCUGAUGACUACCUUUACCGCGGACUUCGAGACCAGCUGAAGGAUGCCCUUGUGAACUGAGUGGGGGUGGGGUCUGGAGGAAUUGAUUGCCCUCACGACUGAACUAGAUUCGAGAGCGCAGACGGGAGCUUAUGACCAGUCCUCAGUUUCCAGUCUCUCACCAAGAGCCCUGGGUCCAGUCCAACCGUCUCCAAGGAAGUGGAAGAGCCUAUGCAAUUAGGACUGUCCCGUGUUUCCCAAGCAGAGAAGGAUCGCCGAAGACGAGAGAACUGCUGCUUCUACUGUGGAGAGACAGGUCAUUUCCGGGACUGAUGUACUGAACUCUCGGGGAAAAGGCAGUGCUCUCUAGGGCAGAGGGGACCCCUAGUGAGCAGAGCAGCAAGGUCCUCUCAUCCUUCAUCUCGAGUGCAGCUUCCAGUUACGCUGGACUGGAAGGGCAAUCCUAACAGCAAUUUAACUCUCCUGGCAUUGGUACACUCUCGAGCUGAGGAGAACCUCCUUGACAUCACCCUGGCCAAGCAGCUCGCUGUACCCUAUGAGCUCCCCACAGCCAAGGAGAUGGCUAAGGUGGUCCUGAAAGAGGUGGUCUGCUACCAUGGGGUCCCUGCGGAUGUUGUGUCAGAUCGUGGUCCACAGUUUGUAUCCAGGUAUUGGAAGGCGUUCUGGUCCAACAACCCCAAGACCUGGAGUAGAGUGCUCGUCUGGGCUGAGAUGGCCCAUAAUCAAUGCACCGCCACAUCCACGGGUGGUCCCGGGUACUCAGUCAAGCACCUCCUGGAUUGUCGCAGAGUGGGUCGGGGAAUGCUCGGUUACGGUCCUGAGAAGCGUUGCUGUGUUCCUGCGCGUCACAUCUUGGACCAGAGCCUUAUCCGUGACUUCCGAAAGGACCAUCCAGGAGUGGCUGGACCAUCUGGGGAUGGUCGUAAGAGGUGGGGGUACUGUCAUGCCUCGGUCGGCCAGGAGAGGCCGCCAGGUCCACCAAGCCCCUGGGGGCCAGCCUGGGGAACCCCAGUCGCUCGGGGCAGAGCAAACCCCUGCCUAACUCUCUGGGAAACCCUGUGGCAGGUGAUAAAGGAGAUCACCUGCAGCUCAUUGUGUGGCCUUAAGCCCAUGCUUGCUGUGCUUCUGUGCUCGGUCAUGGUGGAUUCUCGUGGACUAUAUUCCUUGCCGUCUUGCUGCCUCUGCCAUUAUCCCUGACGCUGUCCUCUGACUAUUUUUGGAUUGCCCCGGCACUGGGUCUGUACGAACUCUUGUUUCCUCAGUUAUGGAGUUUUAAGUUCUCGGAAUCCCUGUGGAAUGACUGAGUUACCUAAUUAUUGUUGACUGCUAAGACUGUUUGGGUUCUUGCAUUGGAUGCUGAAGAUCUGAUUUACUUACCUGUGAUUUGCCUGUGUUUAUGGAAGUCCAGUUUGCCUGUGAAACUUACCUGUGAAUUCCGAAGAUCUGAUUUACUUACCUGUGAUUGCUUGUGUUUAUUAUGGAAGACCAGUUUACCUGUGAAACUUGAGUGUCCUGUACUGGAAAAAAGUUUUUGUGUGAUUCUGCUGACCCGUGCUGAAGAUAUAAAUACUACCUGUGAACGCAUAUCUUCUUUCUCCUGCACUAGUGUUCCUUUAGACCUGUGACGGCAUGUAAUUAAUCAUGGUACUUAACUGUGAGCAAAUAUAAAGGGUCACCUCUAAAUUAUACAAAUCCAGCCCAGUCAUAAUAAAAUGGAUGGGCUGUUCCGAUGAAUACAACACAAUAUCUCGUGCUCUCAUUAAAACAUUUCAAUCAGAAAAGUGCUGGAGCAAGAAACAUCUGUUUCACUGAAACGGACUCAGUCUGGUAGGAAACCAAAAG